GUGUCUCCGGCCGCGCCGGAAGCGCAGUCCUCCUCACGGUCCGAGUCUGCCUUGCGGCCUGCGCGGACGGUUAAAGCCUGCAGCUGGAGUAGUGGCGGCUAGCCGGCCGAUAAUCCGGGAUGGGGGGGAGUCCGGGCCCCGUGUGAAGCGAUUCCCAGGAAUGUGUGCGGCACAGGACAAGAUGGAGGACACCUGAGGCCAGACAGAGGUAGAAAUGCAGUAUCUUCAGCCACCCAGUGCCCCACUUUUGUAGAUCAUCUCGUCUCCCUCGUGCCCUUUUUUGUGUAAAAGUGUACCUGCACCACAAGAAACCUGGAGAGGGGCUGGCGAGGCAUCACAACCUGGAACAAUUUAAGGCCACAGGAGGGUGGGCUCUCUUAAGAUGUCCUUGAGUAGUGGCGCACCAGGAGGGAAAGGUCUGGACUCAAAUUCUGUGGAGACCUACGAUAGUGGCGAUGAAUGGGACAUCGGAGUUGGCAAUCUGAUCAUUGAUUUGGAUGCAGAUCUAGAGAAGGACCAACAAAAGCUCGAGAUGUCCGGCUCUAAGGAGGUGGGCCUGCCAGCCCCCAAUGCAGUGGCAACUCUACCUGACAAUAUUAAGUUUGUGACGCCAGUGCCAAGUGGCCAAAGCAAGGAGUCAAAAUCUAAAUCUAAGCGAAGUAAAAGCAGCAAAGAUGGAGGCAGGAGCAGCCAGGCCUCUGGACUAUUCCCAGUAGGAGAUGCCAGUAAAAAGGAAGUAGCAGGACGUUCUGUAGAGGUUGGGGGUAAUUCUGGAGCACCCUCAUCCACAGUGACUUCUAAAAGUAGUGAAAAGUCUGGAAAGUCCUCCCGCAACUCGUCUAGCUCCAAGAAAGAGAGUGGAAAAACUAAAAAGGACAAAUGUGAGGUUGCAGUGAGUGGUGGAGAAAAGGAGUCUACUGGAGUUCUCCAGCAGGCCUCCGGAGUGGGGAGUAGAGGAGUCUCGAUGCAGGAAGCAGUGGUGGCAUCAGUGGAACAGUUGGGAGGGGGUAUGGCGGUUGACAGUGGUAGUUCCCUGAAUGUUGCAGGGAUUAAAACAGAACCCGAGGACCCUGAAACGGACAGUCGUGGAUUGAAGAAGGUGAAAGCAGAGAUGAUGGAGUCCCCGGUGUGUGCUUCGUCUGGCUUGCCUCUCCAUUUAUUGGUCCCAAUGGUGAACAAUGACAUUUCCUCCCCGUGUGAACAGAUCAUGGUGCGCACACGGUCUGUUGGUGUUAAUACCAGUGACGUGGCCCUUGCAACUGAACCUGAAUGUCUGGGGCCCUGCGAGCCAGGAACAAGCGUUAAUCUUGAGGGCAUUGUGUGGCAAGAGACAGAGGAUGGAAUGCUGGUUGUCAACGUGACUUGGAGGAACAAGACCUAUGUUGGCACGCUGCUAGACUGCACACGGCAUGACUGGGCUCCCCCAAGAUUCUGCGACUCUCCCACCAGUGACUUGGAGAUGCGGAAUGGACGGGGGAGGGGCAAACGUAUGCGACCAAGCAGCAAUGCCCCCAUCGCUGAAGCCGCACCAGCCCCUGAGAACAAAGGAGCUAGCAGCAGCAGUAGCAGCAGUAGCAAGACACGUGCUGGAGCCAACAACAAAGGAAGACGGGGCAGUCAGAACUCAGGCGAGCACCGCCCCCCGCCAUGUGGCACCACAGAGGACAUUAAAGCAAGCCCAUCUUCUGCUAGCAAACGCAAGAGCAAACCUCCUUCUGAUCUUGAACUGACUUCUAGCUCAGAAGAUUCUAAAGGGAGCAAACGUGCUCGUACAAAUUCAUUGGGCUCCUCCUCUGCACCAGUGUCUGUGUCACUGCCUUUAACAGUUCCACUGAGCACUAUCAAAGUUGAGGCCACUACAAUGGAUAGAAACUGCUCUUCUCCCAUUCUAAUAGACUGUCCCCACCCUAAUUGCAACAAAAAGUACAAGCACAUAAAUGGCCUGAAGUACCAUCAGGCUCAUGCACACACAGAUGAUGACAGUAAGCCAGAGGCAGAUGGAGAUAGCGAGUGUGGGGAGGAGCCCCAUCUUCACCUAGAUAUGGGAAGUUGCAAUGGUGCCUUUGCUUCCCAAAAAGGUUCCCUCUCACCUGCCCGUUCUGCCACACCUAAAGCUCGUUUACUUGAGCCACAAAGCCCACCUCAUUCUGCUAAAUUUGGUGGAAAGAUGGUGUGCAAAAAGAAAAUUGGUACCGAAGGUGAUAUGGACCCAGGUGCACUUUCUAAUGAUGGCUCUGAGGAUGGAACUCUAGCAGCAGAUGACACCAGCAAUGAUGGCUUUGAGUCUCAGGAAAAGAGGCUAACAGAUAAAGAUUCCAUCAAGAAGGGAAGCCUUAGUGGUAAGCAGGAGAAGUUGACUUCUUCGAAGAGUGUAAAGUCCGCCCGUCCUAUUGCACCGGCUAUAUUACCACAACAGAUGUAUACUAUACAGGCCACCACAUUCACUGCUUCUAGUCCUGGUUCAUCGACUGGACUCACCACAACAGUUGUGCAAGCCAUGCCUACCAGUCCCCAACUCAAACCUAUUCAGCCAAAACCCACUGUAAUGGGAGAACCGUCCAGCAUCAAUCCAGCACUAACUCCAUCUAGAGACAAGAAAAAGAAGGAUAAAAAGAAAAAAGAGAACAGAGAUGAGGAUACAUCUGGAAGCUCUAUUAAGCCUGGUCGUCCAGAAGAAGGGAAAAGCCCUUAUGGGGAAGCAGGGGGGGAUUCUUCUGUGAAAGGUGAUGGAUUGAUUAACGGUUCUGAAUCACAUCAAAGCCGUUUGGCUAGCAUAAAAGCAGAGGCUGACAAAAUUUAUAGUUUCACUGACAAUGCUCCUAGCCCAUCCAUUGGAGGAGGGGGUACAUCAAGCCGAAUAGAGAACCCCAGUCCUGGGCAGCCCAUGACUCCUCUACAUGUUGUAACUCAAAAUGGAGCUGAAGGGACCUCUGCUAAAACAAACAGUCCAGCCUACUCUGACAUUUCUGAUGCAGGGGAGGAUGGAGAAGGUAAACUGGAUAGCACUAAAGUAAAGGAUCCGGAACAGCUGGUAAAGGAAAGUGCCAAAAAGUCCCUUUUCCCACCUCAACCACAGAGUAAAGAGUCACCAUAUUACCAGAGCUUUGAAACCUACUACUCUCCCAACUAUGCGCAUUCCAGUCCUGGGGCCAUUAAUCCCACUGUUCAGGCUACACCUGAAAACCAGACUCUUAAAGUCAAGAAGGAAGAGGAUUUGGAGGUUACAGAAGUAAAAAUGAAAGCUGAACCCCCUGAAGAGAAAAAGCCAGAAUUGUGCAGCACAAACCAGCAGCCUUCUGUGAUUCAACAACGCCCCAACAUGUACAUGCAGUCUCUCUAUUACAAUCAGUAUGCAUAUGUUCCUCCCUAUGGCUACAGUGAACAAGGUUACCAUGCUCACUUACUAAGCACCAAUCCGGCAUACAGACAGCAGUAUGAGGAGCAUCAAAAGCAAAGGCAGAAUCUUGAGCAGCAACAGCAACAGCAGCAACAGCAACAGCAACAGCAGCAACAGCAACAACAACAGCAGCAGCAGCAACAGCAGCAACAGCGUAAUAUGGAGAAGAAAGCAGAAAUGGCCAUGAGAGAUAGGGAGGCAUCUCUCAAGGAAGAGUGGAAGCACAAGUCUUCAGUGCCCCCAACACUAACCAAGGCUCCAAGCCUAACAGACUUGGGAAAAUCAGGUUCCAAACCUAAGGAUUUAGGACCUGGUCCUGAUUCAAGCAAAUCCGUGAUUAUCCCCAAACUGGAGGACUCUACAAAGAUGUCUGUUCAACAAACCGAGGGACUGAAAACAAAAGUUUCUGAGACAGGUGGGCAUUCAGGAAAAGAACCCACUGAGCCCAAACCUAGUGGGGAGUGUAACCGUCAGACUGGUUUGGAUCCUGGCUUGUGGUACAGACCUCAGGAGGCAGAUUCUCGCAUGUGGACAUAUGUUUAUCCCAAGUACCCAGAUACCAUGAAAGUUGCGGAAGAAGAGCGGUGGAAGGAAGAGAGGAAAGUGAAGGAGGAGCGCAGCAGAAGUAAAGAAGCUUCAUCCAAGGAAGAAGGCAAAGAAGGGGCAAGUGGGGAUGUGAAGGGACCACCAGCAGCAGAGGAUCCUAGAGUACUCCCUAAGGAUCCACGCACUAGUACUCAUGUACCAGUUUCAUCACCUCUUACUCAACAUCAGUCAUACAUCCCUUAUCUCCACGGUUAUGCCUACAGUCAGGCUUAUGACCCCAACCAUCCAAGCUACCGCGGGAUGCCUGCAGUCAUGAUGCAGAACUACUCAGGUUCCUAUCUCCCCUCCAGUUACUCUUUUUCCCCUUAUGGUAACAAAGUCACAGGCAGCGAAGAGUCUGAGAAGUCUCGAGCUAGUCCAAGCUGUAAACCCACAUCUGAAUCUAAAGCUCUGGACAUUCUGCAGCAGCACGCAAGCCAUUACAAGAGCAAGUCUCCUACGAUUUCUGAUAAAUCUCCCCACGACCGGGAUCGAGGAGGAUGCAGUGUACCUGGUGGUUCAGGAGGGGGCCCUGGCUGCAGCAGUAUGGGAGCCCCAGACAGGGGUGGGGACAGGAAUUCAGAAAGACCCCGCACUUCACCCUCCCAACGUUUAAUGUCCUCUCAUCACCACCAUCACCACCUUGGCUACUCCCUGCUUCCUGCACAAUACCAGCUGCCAUAUGGCCCAGGUUUGUCAUCUACAGCGAUUGUGGCAAGUCAGCAAGGCUCAGCUCCGUCAUUGUACCCACCCCCCAGGAGGUGAGAGUGGAAUUAAUUUUAUCGGAGGUCCCUACUUACAUAGUCAUGUGACCGGAUCACAAGACACACCGGGAAUGAGAGUCGAAUGGCAAUGUGUGUUCUACAACCAUCGGUUUCAGCCAAGCCCUUGUGGUUUCCCCACUCUCAACCUGGAUAGAAGAAUCCAACCGUUGGCCUUUGUGACAUUCAGUUGUCCCCUCUCUGACUCUAUGGAAACCUGGGCUGUAUUUAUUCAACAUUGCCUCCUGAAGACAUGGGGGCCAUUAGGAAUAGCCUUGGAAUUUUUAUUUUCACGAAGAGUUGGAGAUUAAACCACAAACCUCAUUUAAAAGAGAAAAAAAUAAUAAAAAAUAACUUUGGGCAAAGGGACAUGUCGCUCUUUGGCAACUGACUUCUAGUUCUAAUGUUGUUUUGCAAGUUACAGAAUGAUUAAUUUGUUUUUGUCGAUUUGUUAGUGCACUCCAUCUACAAUAUCCACUUGGUCUGUGGACUGUCUUCUUGACACAUGCUCAGGCUUUAUGACUCUUCCAGAUAUUAGGAGUCAAACUUGGGAUAGUUUAUCCUAUAAACUGUCACUUCUCCACAGGGUUUUGUAAGUGGGUUUGGGGAGUUUUGUGUUUGUCAGUUAUUUGAGAGUGACUGUUUGGAACUGUUAGUUUCAUGCAUUUCAUCAUUUUCCUUUCCUACCAUGGCACCUGGACUUUUCCGGAGGCAGACAGACCAUAAUUAUAACCUAGGGACGGUAAGGGCCAAAAAUGCACCCCCCGGUAAAUAUCGGUGACCAGAGCUUCUCGUGACACAAAGUUGACCUAGGGUAGUUAUUUUUUCCAGCUGCUUUUAUGCACCAGCUCCCAUGAUCCUUGACCAGCCUAUUGCUGAGCAGUGAUCCUGAGGAUUGAAGUACAUUGAUGGGUGGAAGAUGGGUUCUCUCAACGAAGAUGUUCAGUUCAACUUGUGUGCUGUCUAUUGUGUUUUAUAAAGUUCUGCUGCUCAUUUUGCCAGUACAGAUAUUACUUGUGAAUCUCUGUACUUUCCCAUGUUAAGCAUCCAUUUUAUUAUUUUAACCAGAGCGGUCUGACAUAGUUUUAAACUGCUUUUACCGUCCCUCCCAUUUUCACACGGAGGACUGCAGUAAAUUGGGUUGAGUAUGAAGUCGUGCCGUCAUGGCUGAAAUCCCCCUGUCCAUGCCAGCCCAUAUCUGUGUAUAAUGUAUAUAAUAAGCCCUGAUACAUUCUUUUAUAAGACACUAAUCUUAAAAAAAGAAAAAGAAAAAUGGUAAAAA